GUCGACUUUGUGCUGUCGUGAGAGCUCCAAGUUCGACUCGAGGCUGAAGAAGAUACGCGGAUUCCCGGGAUUCUGCGUCUGAAAUGGCCGCUGAACCCGAUACCGAGAAGGGUCACCCAGCGAGCAGGACGCCUUCACAGCCCGACGACGCUGAGGAUGCUGGCCGCGCGCCCAGAGAAGAGUUCCAGCCUCCAGACGGCGGGCUGUUCGCGUGGUCGCAGGUCUUGGCAGGCAUCUUUAUCAACAUGCUGGCGUGGGGCUACCCGUCAACGUUUGGUGUAUAUCAACUCCACUACCGAGACACGCUCAAGCUGCCCGAAUCGCAGAUAUCAUGGAUCGGUUCGCUGCAGGUCUUCCUGGCCUUCGCCAUGUGCACCGUCUCCGGCCGGCUGGCAGAUGCGGGAUAUGUCAAGUCGACCAUCCUCGCCGGCUCGUUCCUCGUCGUGUUUGGGACCUUCAUGACGAGCCUCUGCACCGAGUACUGGCAGAUCUUCCUCGCCCAGGGGCUGUGCACCGGGCUGGGGCUGGGCAUCAUCUUCAUGCCGCCGCUGUCUGUCAUCAAUUCCUAUUUCGUGACGAAGCGGUCAUCUGCCCUUGCCAUCUCGGCGACGGGCACGGGACUGGGGAGUGUCGUCUUCCCGGCCACGAUUCAGUAUCUGAUACCCCGGAUCGGUUUCCCCUGGGCGGUCCGCUGCGCUGCCUUUGUGGCACUCUUCGUCUCAAUUCUCGCGGUCCUGAUAUUACGACCGCAACUGAGGCCGAGGAAGUCGGGUCCAUUGAUUGAGUGGGAUGCGUUCAAAGAAGGCCCCUACUUGCUGUACAUACUCGGCGCCUUCCUCUUCUUCUGGGCGCUGUACUUUGGCUUCUUCUAUAUUAAUGCCUACGCCCGCAACGUCAUCCACUUCUCCACAACCGAUUCGGUGCAGCUGCUGCUCAUCACGAACGGCAUGAGCGUCCCCAGCAGGCCCCUGGUCGGCUAUCUCGCCGACCAGCACUUCGGGCCCAUCAACCUCUACACCUUCCACACGUUGGUGCUGGGCUGCCUGAUCUUCGCAUGGACCGGCGUGACCACGCGCACGGGCAUGUACGUGUUCGCCGUCUUCUUCGGGCUCGCCAACGGCGCCGCCCAGGGCUUGUUCGCCGGCUCGCUGGCCAGCCUGACCAAGGACCCCAGGAAGAUGGGCACCCGGUUCGGCAUGGUCUGCACCAUCGUGGCGUUUGCCUCGCUCGCGGGGCCGCCGACGGCGGGCGCCAUCAUCGACAAGUCUGGCGGGCGUUACCUGUGGGCGCAGGUUUGGGCCGGGCUGGUGAUCGUGCUAGCGGCCGUCACGAUCGCCGCGGCGCGGUACGCGGUGACGGGGUCUAAGCUGUGGGUGAAGAUCUGAGUGAGAUAAAGGGAUCUAUCCCAUUGGUGAUAGAUGGGUUAGCAAUCUGAGACGUGCUUGGAUUGGAUAUCCGUCUGGGAACGAGUCAAGUAAGACAAAACAUGUC